UCCUCACGCUGAAAAAGGCUAAGAGUAGUAAAAAGUGUUCCUUACAGCUCUGGUCUUCAAACAAGAGGUUUACAGUGUUCUUUUCUUCACUAAGCCUACUUACGGUUUUCUAGAUGGCCUUGUGUAAGAUGCUGGUGGUGGUGUUAGUAGUGUUUAUCCUCUUGGCGGUUUGUGAUGAAGCUGGAUCAAUGCAGGGCCAAGAUGACGAUGUUUCUCUAGAAAAAAGGAUCCAGGCACAGUCAAAGAGUCUGACGGACAUACUAACCCUCUUGAAGCAGCUACAAAAAAGAGUUCAUCAGCUUGAAUCAAGAAGAAUUCAUUUUCUUCGAGGCAGAGAUGGUCGUGAUGGGUUGCCAGGGUCACCAGGUCCAACUGGUACGACGGGCAGACCAGGAAGUAAUGGACAACGAGGACCACCUGGACCUAAAGGUGAUCGUGGACCAGGAGGGGUAGCCUAUGUUCGAUGGGGGAAAACCACGUGCAGAUGGGGGGCCUCACUUGUCUACAAAGGUCGCAUUGGAGGUGAACAUUACACUCACACUGGUGGAGGCACGAACUAUGUCUGUCUUCCUGAGACCCCCAGAUAUGUGAGGUAUACAAGUGGCCACCAGGAGGCCGGGUAUAUGUACGGUGCAGAAUAUGAAAGACAAAAUAAGAAUCCACUCACGAAAACUAACCUUUACCAUCGUGGCGCCCCAUGCGCUGUAUGCCACRUCUCAACACGAAGUGCCAAGAUGAUGAUCCCUGCAACUUAUGCGUGUCCCGCGGGAUGGACAAGAGAGUACUGGGGAUAUCUGAUGACCGAACACUACAGUCAAAAGCAUCCCACAGAGUUUAUUUGCGUAGACAAGGAUGCGGAGUACGUCUCAGGAAGUAGUACCGGCCAUCACGGGGCACUGUUGUAUCCAGUCGAAGGACGUUGCGGAUUAUUGCCCUGUAGUUCAUAUGUGGAUGGUCUUGAACUGACAUGCACAGUGUGUACCAAGUAAAUCAACAACAGAUCCGUUCAUAAUGAUGACGUUAUCUAAGUAUCGGAAAAACGGGAUAGCUUUAGUCAAGGGAUUCUUAUUAUAUCUAUUGUAACCGGGGAGUUUAGCGGAGUAUUUGGAUAAAAGAUAAAUGCUUUAAGGGGGGCAAAAUUAAAGAUUUCGUCAUAGAUUAUAAGACAAGAAAUAUAAGGGCUAUAAAUGAUUUGAAUUUGA